AGUUCAUAAACAAGGGACACAGAUUUUGAUCAGCAAAAUGGUGUUCCCAAGCAAUCACCCAAAAAUGCAUGCCUGUGUCGACUCUUUGUACACUAUCGAUGGUGAUACAGACAAGAGUAAGAUCAUGGACAUCAUUAGAGUCAUGAAAGGUGCUCUGAGCGUCUCGAAAAGUAAAACCGGUGAUGUCAUUUACAGAAGCAACAAAAACGAAGUGAAGAUAUUGGACAGACAACUAGCCAAAGUGGAUAAAGAUGUAGUAAGAGCAAAAACAAACAUUGAAUGUCAAAAGCGGGAUGUCCUGCGCAAAUGGUCACUAGUGUUCGGAAAUCAGAAAACGCUUUGUGAAUCGAUCAAAUCUUUUGAUGAAAUGAUUAACAGUGCAUUGGAAAAACAGCUAUCAGAAACAGAAGAACGUUCUAAUUUAGUCGAGCAGAGCCUGAACUCCUACAGAGAAGAAGAAGCUCCCAACGAUAGCGGCCAUUGGGGAAAACUCAACCUUAAGUCCAAUCGCCGACAAUCACAAGUAGCUAAACCUAGUUCCCAUUUCGGCAAAACUCUUUCAAUGCCUGUUCUUGUAAAUCCAAAUGAAUCGAAAUCAAAAGCAGUUCCAAGGGUAUCUGAUUCUACGGUUCCUGCAAGCUUACCAAAAAUCAAUACCGGUGGUAGUUUCUUUUCUAAUAUUGUGGACCACACGACAAAGCGUCACAAAAGACACCAAGAGGCGGCAAAUAAGAAGGGCGAAUUUCCCGACUUCAGUAGAUCGACAAUGGAAUCCUACUUUGAUGAACAGAAACAACUUCACGAAGAACUCAUGACCAGAAACAGUCUAAAUCGUUUAAAAUCUAACAUCGAUGGUGGUCACAACUUUUAUAAACUUCGAAUUCGAACCAAAUUACCCGAAGAACCAACACUUUUGAUCGAAUCAAUUGAGACUGAUCGUACAAGAACCAAGUCGUUUCGUACCCAAAGGAACAAAACCAGACGCCCUCUGUCUGUUGAGAAAGGCAGGAAUAUGGACAAUCUUGACGAAGAAGUUUCGUUUUCUAAAAACCACGAAGUUGAAAGAGCAAAUACUUAUGUUUGAGAUCAGAACAUUGGUGUGCACUGUGUAGAUAAAUUUAUUCAUAAUUUGUUAAUAAAAUUUGUUUCUUUU